AUGAAGGCAAUCCUCUUCGCCGCUCUUCUCGCCCUGGUCUUGGCUACUGGUUACGGCUACCCGAAUCUAGGCUUCAAGCCCGGCAGUUUCGGAUUCGGAGGACCUGCCUUCAGUUUAGCUGCUCGCAACUUCGGAUUCGGUGUGGCCCCAGGUUUCGGCAAUUUUGGCUAUGGAGUACCUGGCUUCAAUUUCGGCUCUGGAUACCGUGGCUUCGGCUUCGGCGGACAAGCCAUCAAGCCCAGUUUUGGCUUCGGGAGUGGAUUUGGCCAGAGGUUCGCCAGUGGCUUUGGAAAACUCGGCGCCAAUUUUGGCUAUGGGCCCUACUAG